GUUUGUAAUAUCCAAUACGCGCUCUCGCUACCAUCUUCUUGCCUGGCGCCGAAAUCCCUCUCUAUCUCUUUCUCUCAUACAACCUAGCCCGUCAGCCCCCCGACCCGUCAAGAGAGCUGUUCAUGGCCGUCGUUGCUCCACUACCCUUCAAAUCGAACCUGGGCUCCUGGGGAUCUAGCGACUCCGCUAUAUAUCCUGCCGAAUCACCAGAACCCAUGACAGACAUAAUGUCAUAUCAAUACCCGCCACCACCUCAAAAUGGCGCCGACAUGGAAAUGCCUCCUUCCGGAUACUACCAAGUGUCUCCAUCAGCACAUUCUGCAAUGGACAUGAGACCAAGUCCCGACUCGAGCCUCCCCCAUAGGGAGCGCCGAGACUCCAUGUCCAAGGCCAUGAAGAUAAAACGGUCCCUGUCGACCCCGAACGUCCGGCCACCGCAGGCGCAGCCGCCGCAACCGCCGCCGCAACCGCCACAGCCCACUGCACAGGAACAGAACCAGUUCAAUCUCGCAGAAAAGAGGAGGAACAAGCUGGGCUAUCAUCGAACAUCCGUCGCUUGUGGCCACUGUCGCCGACGCAAAAUCCGGUGCAUACCAUCGCCUGCAGAUGUCCAGGGGCGCUGCGUCAACUGCAUCCGCCUGAAGAAAGAAUGCAGCUUCUACCCGGUGGACCAGCAGCCGCCUCAAGACACGAGACAAAAGUCGGCGUCGCGAUCGUCGGUUGGCCCCAAGAUCGCCUCCGCUUCGUCCUCACCGGCGAUGCAGAGCGGACUCCCAUCAGACAUGCACGGACAGCAGCCCUAUCCGCAACUGACGAUGCCGUCGAUCCAGAACAUGGCGCCGCCGAUGAAGCCGCCGGGGUCAGAGAGCUUCCCCCCCGAAGCAAAGAUGCCAUCAGGCGCUUCCGGCGCCCGAAACUUCGAUUACGGACACGCCGGUAUGACGAACUGGAUGUCUCCAGACGCCAACCCCAACUCGUCCAAGCCCGGGGACUUGAAUGCGACCUGGAGAUCCUAUCCGACCGAAUCGCCAAUAACCCCGGCCUUCUCUCCCUACACGCCGCAUGCCCCGCCACCGUCGGCGACAUGGACGACGCCGGUCAGCGCCGAACCGUCGUCCCGGGAAGACAUGCACUGGUCUCCGUACUCGGCACCGCCCACUCGGUCCCUGUCUUUUGGAGCCGAGAGCAUGACAAGCCACCCCCAGCAAUAUCCGCCCAUCUCGCAGGUAGGCCCCCACUCGGGUCGGCCGUACGAUCGCAAGUCGGGCUCCGUGCCGUCCGACAUGUACCAGCCCCCGAACUCGACGACAAUCCCUGGAGUCGAGACAAUCUCGGGGACUGCGAUGGACCACCACGUCUCCCUGUCGGCAGGAGCUGCCCCGCCGCCGAGCUAUGAGACGUGGCAACAACCGUACCCUUAUGGGAAGCCCGGCGACAGCUAUGGAGGAUGGUAUGGGGAUCAGGGGGCACACCAACCGCAGGUUCACCACCCGAAUGAACAUCCUCCACCCGGAUCCAGCAUGUAUUAUGCCGAGCGAUGAGGCCCGAGAUGGCGCGCCAGCCGGCCGGCCCGUCGAACCUGAAUCUCCGGAGGUUAACUACUCCGGCGGACAGGAAAUUAAAAGAGCUUGUGUACACCCCCGGUCUCGCGCUCACCGUCGGCCCUUGCGCAUUGGGGCGG